UGGUGGGUCACUGUGUGAAAUAGGAUGCUGGACUAGAAGGGCCGUGGGCCUGAUCCAGCAGGACUGUUCUUAUGUUCUUACUUGUCCAAGCCCAUGAUCAAGCUGUGCUUUUAUUCUUUAAUUAUAACUAGCAGCCAACUAGCUCUCACAUAUUUUCAGUGGCUUCUGUCUGUUGGCAUGGCUUUGUAGAUAUCUGAUCUUCUCUAUUUUCUGCAAGCCAAGCAUCUCACUUGCUCAGGGAAUAAAUUAAAUCCCAUGCUUAGAAUCUACAACACAAAACAAAUGCUUGUACUUACAGAACAGACAGUCUAUGAUAGCUUGCAAGAAACAAUGUUCACAGAUAACAGCGUACUUUCUCCUAUGAGCUAGGAGCACUCCUGGCAUCCCACCUACAAUGGGCAGGCUGGCUCUAAACUCUGCUGGGGUCUUCUUCUCUCAGCCCUCAGUUGCUUGUCCUUCCUAAUUGCUCUAACACCCCAGCAGCUGGGCCAAUUUGCCCCUACUGGCUGUGUUAGCGACAGCUGACUGGGCUGUUUCAACCCUUUGGCCCUUAAAAGAAGAAAUGCUGCGCUGGAGUUGCAGCCUUUGUGCAGAUUGCCGGUAGGCAGCUACCAAAGGGGGCCACCCUUUGGUGGUGGUGGCGGCGGAGGCCUUCAGGAGUAGGUUUGAGUGGUGGGGCCAACUCAUUGCUUUGGACUCCUAGAAGGGAGCCUCCUGCUAAGUACACUGUUGCUUCCCUGCAGGGGUACGUAGCAAGGUUGGAAUGGGCCCAGAGACGAGAUUUUAAAAUGCCCCCCCCACUCAAAGUCCAGGGCCUCCGCACACCCCAGGCCCCCAAGGAUUUAAGUCUGAUAUUCCAAAAUAAGUAUGCUGCCUGGAAAUACAUUGCACUGAAUACACACACGCACACGUCACAAUAUAUAGUGAUAUACAUUGAGUACUAUACAUUUGUUUUACUUUUAAUGCCUAGAACACACUAGAAAGAUGAAUUAUUAAAAUGGGCCCCUCGCUGCAGAUUAGCAAAGGAGACUUUCAGCCAUGCAGGGUGAGCCUAUGUUUGUUUUCUCAGAAUUCUGAACAAAUUCAGUCAAGUUCGAUUCCAGGAGUCUUUUCACACGAGGCUUUUAAAGCCCUUUAACACACAUCUCCUCUGGAAUAUAGGUGCUGCAUUCACAUGUUGGCCAGAUGUUGGCAGUUCACACACAAGAAAAAUAAAAUAAAAUAAAAGCACAAGACAUGCUUCACAGUUCUCACUCAGACCUUCUGGGUUGCAAAACAACUUGAACAUAAGUGCAUUUAUAAAUGAAUGAAUGAAUGAUUAAAAUAAAUAUAAUACUGUUUCUUCCAGAAGUUUUUGUAAUUUUCUGCCAUGAAACAAGCCACUUAUAGGACUUUUUAGAUAGUUUUUUUUAAGCUAGCAAAUUUUCCAAGCUGUUUAAAAAUAAAUAUUCAGAGACUUCUCAGUCCCUCCCCCCAUAUCAAAGCCCUAUGGCAAGCAGAUGCCUAUAUAUGGGGGGGGGCGGGAAAGGUAACCACAAAAAGGAGUUCACACUCUACCUGGCAAAUGCUGGGUUCGGCAGGGCAGCAGGGGGUCUUCUGCUGCAGAGAGCAGUGGUGGCCACUCUGGCUGCCUCCUCCUUCCUGGCUGGCUUGGGCCCUACUGGAGUUCAGGCUUCACAGAGGCCUACACGAGGCCUCUGUGGAAGACCCGCCCACCCGCCGAUCAGCUGAGAGGCGGGAGAAAAGGAGCUCUUUGCAGCUUGCCUGCUGCCUGGAUUGCCGGCCAGGAGAACAAGCUGGAGAGACAGCGAACAGGGUUCUGCAGUCCUGUGUUAAUUGCUGCAACCAGAACAUGAGCUAUGACUCCUGCCUGCACACUUAGCCUGCUAUGGGGCUCAGCUGCAGUCCUAGCUGUUGCUUUGGGGGACCAAGUAAGUAGCUGUGGUGCCCCAACUAGGUUAAGCUUUGCUGAGCUGGGCGAUGAGUAUAAAGAAAAACCUUCCUUUCCUGUUGGCUCGACUGUGAACUAUGUGUGCAGACCUGGCUAUUAUAAGAUUCGUGGAUUGAAGGCCUCGAUCACAUGCCUUAGCAGCCUGGAAUGGUCAGAAGUUCAGGAGUUCUGCAAAAGAAAAUCAUGUGGUAAUCCACGUGAACCAGAAAAUGGCCGGUUGGUUAUACCAAAAGAUCUCCUCUUUGGUUCUACCAUAAAUUAUACCUGUGAGCAAGGUCACAAGCUAAUUGGUCAGUCUUACCGACAAUGUGUGAUAUUGGACCGAAGAGUAGGUUGGAGUGGUGACAUUCCCCUUUGUCAGCGUAUCCCAUGUUUCUCACCACCAGAUAUCCCCCAUAGCAGGCGCACCGGGACACACAUAGUUGCCUUCACGUAUGGGGAUUCUGUGACUUACACCUGUGAAAAAGGCUUCCCCCUUGUUGGAAAUGCCUCCAUUCACUGUACUACAAAGGAUGGGAUCAAUGGAGUGUGGAGUGGCCGUGCAUAUUGCGGAGUGGCUCAGUGUCCACCUCCUGAAGUUGAGAAUGGAAGAAUAGUGGCCGGUGAUUCUGGCUCCUACAAAUAUAACCAUAGAGUGACUUUUGGCUGCAGUGCUGGCCACGUACUAGCUGGCUCAAGAGAGAUCGAUUGCCAAGUGGAUGGCACGUGGGACCCUCCUCCACCUCACUGUGAACAGGUUUGUGUAAGCCCAGAAAUUCAGAAUGGAAGAAUAGCAAGAUCUCAAGCACCGAUUAAACUUGGGGACAGAAUUACAUUUGAAUGUGACCAUGGCUACAUCCUGAAAGGCAACCAUACAAUCCAGUGCCAACCUGACAGCACAUUGAACCCUCUUGUACCCAUCUGUGUCAGGGUGGUUCAAUGCCAGGCACCACCAUACCUCCAAAAUGGGACUCGCAGCCACCAGGAAACAGCCGUGUUUACUGAUGGAAUGUCUGUGAACUACACUUGUGAGCCGGGCUACACCCUUAUUGGCCAGGCAACGAUCUAUUGCGCAGCAUCUGGCACAUGGUCAUCCCCAGCCCCUCACUGUGAAUUGACUCAGUGUCCCUCUCCUGAAGUUGAGAAUGGAAGGAUAGUGGCAGGUGAUUCUGGAAACUACACAAAUAACCACAGAGUGACUUUUGGCUGCAGUGCUGGCCACAUACUAACUGGCUCGAAAUCGAGCGUUUGUCAAGUGGAUGGCACAUGGUUCCCACCUCCACCUUGCUGUGAACGGGUGGCUCAGUGUCCACCUCCUGCAGUUGAGAAUGGAAGAAUAGUGGCAGGUGGUUCUGGCUCCUACACAAAUAAUGACAGAGUGACUUUUGACUGCAGUGCUGGCCACGUACUAGCUGGCUCGAGAGAGAUCCACUGCCAAGUGGAUGGCACAUGGAACCCACCUCCACCUCACUGUGAUCAGGAGUCUGUCAAUUAUAUUGCAAUUUCUGUUGGAGCCGUUGCUGGUGUUCUAGUACUGAUUGCAAUUUUAGUCAUUGCUCUAAAAUUCAGAGCCUGUCAUAACAAGAAGUGGAAAAUGGACACUCAUUCUGGCCCUACUGAGCCAGACUACUACUCAUUCUUGCCCUACAGUGUAGUGACAAUUAAUCCAGAUACUGCAUUGAAAGGAAAAAAAUAGUCCCAAGGUCUGAUUUGAUUGCACUAAACUUCUGCAGUAAAACUAUGCUCCAGUCACUUUCAAGUUGGUGAUCAACUCCCAUGAGUUCUCCUUCUGAGAACUGGAAUUGGGUGCCAAGUGAAAAUCUGAGACGAAGGCAACUUUCAUAGCCAUACGGAACCUUUUAACUGGCCAUAUGGAUGAUUGAGCCUUUUGGAGUAAGACAGUAAGUUCAGCUGCACAAAAAAUCUGUUGAUUUGAAAUGUUGCUUCUGCAUAGAACUGGUCUGCACUUCUACCCAUCCAAAACACCUUUGGCCUCUUGAAUUAAGUACAGAGCUGUGGAAUAUAUCUCCUCUGGAAGUGAUGCAUUAUCCUGUCUUAAUAAAAUAUACACUUGAACUGCUGAUUUCUUGCUAGAACCCUUGAAUGUUGCCAUUUGUCUUAACAGCAUCCCAGAUAUUGCAAGACUAUGCAUUUUUCCUGAAUGCAUUGCCCCACACAUAUCUCUUGAAGUGAAGUGAAACGAGUAUAGCUGAUAAAUUCUACCACACACUCAGAUUCGUCUGGAUUUUCUUGUCUUCCUCUUGCGGUGUAAACAAAUGCUAAAGAAACAAAGUACUGUGUUUAUCUUCUAGCAGGCAGACCAGAGCUUUCUAUACUUAACCAAAAUAUCAAGAAACACUUCCAUGUCACGUUUCCUUUUGAUGGGAAUGAGUUCAUUAACCCUCCCAUUAAAAUCAGUGGGGCCAAGAAGCAGUAUGCUAUGGCUGAAUUUAGCCUGAGCUUGUUACAUUCAGGAAAAUAUUAUCUGUGGUGUAAUAUUUUGUUUUAUUUGUAGUGGAUUGUACACAAUUUUUAUUCAGCUAAAUGAAGGAAAUAUUGUCUGUGUAGAGAAUAAAACCUGUUUACCGGAGAGAGUAUGUAAAUAAACCUUGAAUAAGACUCCUAGGUG